AUGUCACCAGAUAAGGAUUUGCUUGAUACGCCUGGGCAGAGCACAAGCGAUGACGUCAAGAGAAGUACAACACCAACAGACAAGAGCGAUGGCGCGGUUGAGGAGCCAAAGGGAGGUAUGGGCGGCUAUGUGCGCAUCUUCAAAUAUGCAGAUCGCACCAGUUGGGCGCUCAACAUCAUUGCGUUUAUCGCAGCAAUUGCCGCUGGAACCUUACUUCCACUGAUGGACCUGGUCUUUGGGAAAUUCGUGUCAACAUUUACUGGAUUUGCGACGGGCUCGAUCACUCCAGCACAAUACCGCUCAGAGGUGGACAAGUAUAGUCUGUACUUUGUGUAUCUCUUCAUUGCAAAGUUUGUGCUGGUCUACAUACACUCGGCCUUCAUCUCGAUCGCGGCAAUACGGACCACUAAGGCGCUAAGACUGGACUUCAUACGACACAUUCUUCGGCAGAACGUUGCGUAUUUCGACUCAGAUGAAGCAGCCUCGGUCACCACUCAGGCUACGACAAACGGAAACAACGUUAACAAUGGCAUAUCAGAGAAGCUAACAUUAAUCAUUCAAGGUGUAUCGACCUUCGUAUCUGCAUUCGUCAUCGCCUUUGUCGUACAAUGGAAGCUUACUCUGAUAACGAUAAGUAUUGUUCCAACAAUCAUUGUCGUGGUUGGUAUCUCCAUAGGUAUUGACACCAAGAACGAGAAUCAACUGCUACCAAUCUACUCCAAAGCUGGACAACUUGCGGAAGAAGUCUUCUCGACAGUGCGAACAGUUCAUGCGUUCUGGCUUCAUCCAUUGCUGUCCUGCAAGUACGACAAGCUUCUUGGCGAUGCUCAAGAAGUGGGCAUGAAGAAGUGCCCGAACUAUGCCGUUAUGUUCUCUACCGAAUUCUUUUGCAUCUACGCAGGCUAUGGAUUGGCCUUCUGGCAAGGCAUUCGGAUGUUUGCCAGUGGUGAAGUCAAAGAAAGUGGCGACGUUUUCACCGUCAUUCUCGCUGUCAUCGUCGCAGCAACUGCUAUGACAACCAUCGCACCUCAAAUCAUUGCUUUGACGAAAGCGGCUUCAUCAGCUGACGAGCUGUUCAAGACCAUCGACCGGAAGUCCGAGAUUGACCCCUUGAGCGAUGAUGGAAAAACCCCAAAUGCGUGUAAAGGUGUUGUCGAUAUUCGCGGCCUCAGUUUUUCCUAUCCAGCUAGACCCGACAUCACAGUUCUGAAGAACUUGACGUUAUUGGUACCUGCUGGUAAGACUACAGCGCUGGUAGGAGCCUCCGGUAGCGGAAAAUCCACGGUCAUUGGCUUGAUAGAACGUUGGUACGACCAGGCUAGCGGCACCAUAUAUCUCGAUGGUACGGAUAUCCGAGAGCUCAACCUGACUUGGCUGCGUACGAACAUUCGGUUGGUACAGCAAGAGCCAGUACUGUUCUCCGGUACUGUCUACGAGAAUGUUGCGUUCGGAUUGUCCGGCACCGAGAAGGCCAAUCUGCCCGAAAGCGAGCAGCGAGCGCUCAUAAAAAAGGCCUGUAAGGAUGCUUAUGCUGAAGAGUUUAUUGAGCGACUACCCAAGGGUUACGAUACACAACUCGGCGAGCGCGCUAUGAAUCUCUCAGGUGGUCAAAAGCAGCGCUUAGCUAUCGCACGAUCUAUCGUUUCAGAACCGACUGUCCUCUUGCUAGACGAAGCCACUAGUGCUCUCGACCCAAAGGCAGAGAAGGUCGUACAACAAGCGCUUGAGCGGGUCUCCCAAGGCCGUACUACGAUUGUCAUUGCUCAUAAGCUUUCCACUAUCCGAAAUGCCGACAAUAUCGCAGUCAUGGCUCAUGGAGUUGUGGUUGAACAAGGUUCGCACGACGAGCUCCUCGCUGAAGAUGGCGCCUACGCCCGUCUUGUCAAGGCUCAAGAUCUUGGGCAAACAGAGAGCGAGGAGCAGCUAGGCGAAAACCAUACUGCGGAAAAGGUGGAUCUAGUCCGAACACAAACUCGAGCAUCGGCUGUUGGUCAAGAAGCGGAGAAGCCAGAAAAAGACAACAUCAACUACAACCUGCUGAAGUGUACUUUCAUAGUGCUUAAGGAGCAAGGUGAUCUCUGGAAGUGUUUCUUUAUCUUGGCUGUUGCAACCCUGGUCGGAGGAGCAACGUAUCCUGCCCAGGCUAUCCUCUUUUCUCGCGUUGUCGAAGCCUUUCAAUUGUCUUCAAACGAAGCAGUAGAUCAAGGUGACUUCUACUCCUUGAUGUUCUUUAUUGUGGCACUUGGCAACUUCGCCGUCUACAGUGUUGUUGGCUGGACCAGCAACAUCGUAGCGCAGGUUGUCGCGAGAAAGUUUAGACGCGAAAUUUUCGACCUCGUUCUCAAGCAGGAUAUGGCGUUCUUCGAUGACCAGAAUAACGCGAGCGGCGCUUUAGCAUCAAAGCUCGGGGCCUAUCCCGAUAGCUUGCGAGAUUUGAUGGGCUUUAACUUGAUGCUUAUUUGUAUCAAUGUCGUCAACAUCGUUUCCAGCUCGAUCCUUGCCAUCGUAGUUGGUUGGAAGCUAGGUCUCGUUGUGGUAUUUGGAGCCUUACCCUUGAUCGUGUUCUCCGGGUACCUCAGGAUUCGACUUGAAUUCAAGCUAGAGGAUCUCACCGGCAAACGUUUCGCCAGCAGUGCUGCUCUCGCUGCUGAAGCAGUCUCCGCCAUCCGCACAGUUUCUAGUCUCGCGCUCGAAAGGCAGAUCCUCGCACGCUACGAAGAUCGAUUACGCGGCGUUGCAAGAGACGGCAUCAAAGCUCUAGUGUGGACCAUGUUCUGGUAUGCACUCACACAAUCCAUCUCGUUCCUGGCAAUGGCUCUUGGUUUUUGGUACGGGGGUCAACUGAUCAGCACGGGAGAGUACACGACUACCCAGUUCUUCACAGUCUUCAUUGGUGUUAUUUUCUCGGGAGAGGCUGCUGCUGCCUUUUUCUCGUACACCACGAGUCUGACCAAGUCGGCGACUGCUGCAAAUUACAUCUUUUGGCUGCGCAGAUUGAAGCCUGCUGUACAAGAAGACGCGUCGAAACCACCGUUCGACGACGAGAGGGACAAGGGUCCAGCACACGUCGAGAUGCAGGGCGUUGACUUUGCCUACGAGUCUCGGCCACACGCCAAGAUCCUCGGAGGUAUCGAUAUUGAUGUACAACCAGGUCAAUUUAUUGCCCUUGUUGGCGCUUCGGGCUGUGGAAAGUCAACGAUAGUCUCGCUUCUCGAGAGAUUCUACGAUCCCGUUACAGGACGCAUCACCUGCGAUGGCGUUCCAUUGAUGGGUCUUUGUCCGCGCAAGUACCGCCAAGGUGUCUCUUUAGUUCAGCAAGAGCCGGUUUUGUACCAGGGAUCAGUCCGGGAUAACAUCGCCAUGGGUGUCGAAGGCUAUGUGACUGACACUCAGGUUGAAGCCGCAGCCAAACAAUCCAACAUUUCAGACUUUGUUGCGUCUUUGCCAAACGGUUUUGCAACGAUGUGUGGCAGUAGAGGCACACAACUUUCUGGCGGGCAGCGUCAGCGCAUCGCUAUCGCUAGAGCGCUGGUCCGCGAGCCGCGUUUGCUUCUUCUCGACGAAGCCACUUCCGCGCUUGAUACCGAGUCCGAGAGGGUCGUCCAGGCGGCGCUGGAAGAAGCGCAAAGUGGCCGAACAACAAUAGCGGUAGCGCAUCGUCUCAGCACAAUCAAGGACGCAGAUAUGAUCAUCGUCUUUGCGAAGGGAAAGAUUGUGGAAAGCGGCACACACCAGGACUUGCUAGCUAAAAAGGGUGUAUACUACGAGAUGUGCUUAGGCCAGAGUAUGGACCGGGCGAUACCCAUGUGA